GUGGAGAAUGACUGGUAAAACCCAGACCAGCAACGUAACCAACAAGAAUGAUCCACGCUCCCUCAAUUCCAGAGUCUUUAUCGGCAACCUCAACACAGCCAUCGUCAAGAAGACCGACAUAGAGGUCAUCUUUGCCAAGUACGGCAAGAUAGUGGGUUGCUCUGUGCACAAGGGUUACGCCUUCGUACAGUAUUUGAACGAGAGGAACGCCCGAGCAGCUGUGGCGGGAGAAAACGCCCGUAUCAUCGCUGGACAGCCUCUUGACAUAAACAUGGCGGGUGAGCCCAAGCCAUACAGGCCUAAAGCAGGCUCCAAACGGCCACUCUCAGCUGUUUAUAGUGGUUAUGAAUUUGAUUACGAGUACUACAGGGAUGAUUUCUACAGCAGGCUUUUUGACUACCACGGCAGAGUGGCCCCCCCACCCAGAGCCGUGAUCCCCCUCAAGCGCUCCAGGGUGCUCGCUCCCUCCUCCCGCCGUGGGAAGACCUCCUUCCCCAUCAAAACAUCCUCCUCUUCCUCCUCCUCAUCCUCCAGACCUCCCACAUCAUCCUCCUCCUCCGGGCUCAAACCAGUGAAGACGGACCAGCUUCAGACUAUUAAACGGGAGCUGACUCAGAUCAAGAUGAAGAUUGACUCCUUGCUGGGACGCUUGGAGAAGAUCGAGAAGCAGCAGAGAGUCGAUUCUGAGGCUCAAAGAAAGUAUGAGGACAACUGUGACUCCCUGCAUGAGGAGUCCGUGUCAGAGACGGCAGAAAACUCCGGGGAGGAGGCCGGCGAGGGGGCGCUGGACGUGGAGGCGGGAGAGAUGACCGAUGGAGGCGAGGACGACUACGACGAGGAGGGCAGCCACCAUCUGAUAGAGAACCAUGUAUCGGAUAUUGACAACUGAGAUCAGGAUGAGGCAGCAGACACCCCCGGUCGGCGGGAUUAGAAUUCAUCAUCACCUUCGAGAGACAGAAAAGGAUCUCUGAGGGCUCAAGACACCCAUUCUGGACUGUAAGUUGUGUUCAAGAGAUGCUGAAUCACAUUUAGAUGCCCAACUGUGCAGCACAAACCAAAUGUGAUGUGCUCUCUGAAGAAAAUGUAUUCAAGACCCAUUUUAAUGCAUCGGCCUGAGUUUGCCUCAUGGAUAUUCUGCGCAAUUUAUAUUUCAUUGCAAGAGGCUGACGGUAUCAUCUGCUAAUCCUGUUCCUGAAAAAAUAAAAAGAGAGGAUGAGGGUUUUAUUCUGAUUUCUAAAUUGAAUUACGUGGAGAGAAGGGAACAUGACGACGUUGAUCAAUUGUUGCUGCUUUUAUGAAAUGUGUUUUCGUUGUAAUUUCACAAACAGUUUUUUAUUGAAUUUCUGUUGUUGCUCAAAAAUCGAAUGAAUAAAUGACAGUCAGAACAAUCUGCAGUAUGAUAUUCAGAAAAUGAAUGAAACAUCAGUGCCGUCUGGUUCGGAUUUGACUCCUUAUAUAUAAGCCAAUAGCUGUGAGCAUAACUUUAUCCAGCUUUAUCCAUUUAUCACACAAAUACCCUGUGGGGCUGUUCCAUCAUAUAUUCCAACUCCUGCCAAGUUUCAGAAGCAGAAAGAGCUUCCUGUGGUAGAGAGCCAACACUGGCACAGGCCUCCUGCCAGGGAGCAGUGCCCUAACGUCUCAAUGCGCUGCUCCCCGCUCAGCCUGUGCAUCCCAACAUGGACUGCUGCUGUUUGGGAGCCAACGCCCUUUUUCCUCCUCCUCUAACAUCUCCCUCCGCAUACAGCAUUGAUUCUGUCUCAUGUAGGCAAAGGAGCGAGGCCAGUUUUUUUUUUGGAAACGGCGGAAGCUGUAUUAUCUUUAUUUAUACAUUAAAAGGCUUUGAGAUUAUCUAAAGUAUGUGAUCCCUGUUUCAGAUCGCUUAAAUUACGGAUUAAAAAUUGAAUCUAACAUGACACAACGGCAAAUGCUUCCUAAAAACAGCCUAAAUAAGUAGUGAAACAAUACAAACCAGCACCCCAUUUCUCUUGAAAUGUCCAUAAAAGUCAAUAUAGUGGUCAGAUGAACUGGUCAGCAGUGGAUGAUUCAGUUGGUUACAGUUUACUAACAUGUUCAUGAUUUCUACCAGUUUGGAUCUGUCCGUUAUAGCUGCCAUGUGGAGCAGCUAACAUGCAAACAUUUCAAAUGCAGCUUAAGCUCCAGCUGAGCCAUUAUAAUUAACCUGAUUAUAAAUAAAUUGCUGAAGUGAAUUAUGUCACCAGUGACUGGAUGUCAGCAUGUUCUACUGUUAAUUAUUCAGUUCAUAUUUGCCCUUCUUCUUUUUUUCCCCAAUAUGUGACAGAGUAUAUUUGCUCCAAACAAUGACAUAGGCGUGUUUGUUGUCUCUAGCGUUCAGUUUCAUUUUAAAGCCGUUCUCAGAAGGGGGUAGGUGUUGGGAAGUACAGCUAAUAUGCACCAGGUGUGCCAGCUGAUUGACCGGUAACAUCAGUUAGGCUGAUUAUGUGUAUCAGCAACAACUUCAGUGCUUUAAAAGCUUUUAGGCGACUAUUCAAACAGGUUUAAUAGUGUGGACGUUGUGUGUUAAAGCCUAAUUUAUGUUUCUGAACAGUCAGCUGGCACACCUGGUACGAGCUAUAACAACACCUCUGAAGGGGCAGUCGGGCUGGAUUUCGCGUGGCAAAAUCUUGCAGGUGCGACAUAAGUGCGGAAAUAGUGUAGAUGGGGUGUAAAACUGCGAGAGCUAGCAAGGCUAAUGGGCUAACAUUCAGCAAAUUGUACAACAAUAAAUUAUACAGCUUCAUACCAAAUACUUAACUGUCAUUAACUUCCGUCACUGUCCUUGCACUCUCUGCUGCUAAAUAACAUCUCUCCUUCCCUGCCGCUUGUACAACAUCACAGUGCAGUGAUACAUAAACAGUCAGUAUGUCCUGAAUGAGAGGUCAAUUCCACCACAUCUCUUAAACUAGCUGGACAUAGGAGAGCCUCGCAGUUUCAGUGUCAAGAGUUCAAUCCCAUCAAACUCUUCCUCUUGUACUUCAAGCUCGUGCUCUGAAGCAUAAACGUCCGGUGUGACCGCAUCACGAUUCCUCCUGAGGGUGUUUUUUUUAAAGAAGUGAAAGCAUGAAAGCAAACAGAAAAUUUAAAUAACUUACUGAAUAUCAGUAGAGAAGUCCUGAAUUUAUGUAAAAGUUGAAUCAUUGGAUUAAACAUUGGUAGUUUAAUGAGUUGUUUCACACAAAUUGCUAAAAAAGAAAACUAAAAUAAACAUGUCCCUCUCUCAAAGCUUAGUGGUGUCCAUUCAAGCAGAUAGGUUUGGUUUUAUUUGCACAGGCUUUGAGAUAUCUGCCCCAGAGACUUGCAGGCAACCCAGUACAAUCCAAGUAAAAUAUAUUUAAUUUGCAGCACUUGAAGCAUUAAAAAUGGCAUUUGGAAAAUUCAGCAGAAAUCUUUCUGUCCAGAAACAAUGUUCUAAUCACUCUGAAGAAUCCACAAAUACCUCUGUAGACAUUUUUCACUAUUUUAUUUGACCUUUGGUAAAAAAAAAAAAAA